GGUAUCAUUUUUUUUUUUUUUUUUAAUUUAUGAUUAGACUGUAACACCCACACUCCUCUCUUCAGAUGUGUUGCUGAGAUAUCUGAAUCCCUAGUCAGUCAAAGCAGUGAGAUAAACAUGUAUACACUCUUCCUUCUGUGUCUUUCUCGUCUAUAAGGGCACGUUUCAGCAGGAUCACAUGGGUGCGACUAUUUUGGGGCAUGCGGGCGAGGUGUGUUUACAGAAGAAACACACCUGUUUGCAGGUAGACUCCAUGGCAGAAGCCCAGCAGUGUUAAGCGCGUUUUAUCCGAGAGAGCAGAGAGCAGACAGAGAGAGAGCCACUCCCUGCGGACUGACGCUAUAUUAAUGGUUGGACACAGAAGGACCUUGCCGAGUCCGACACACUGGUUGUGUGAAACUCACGCAAGACCAUAUUUAGAUUAUCAUCAUGCGAAGAUUUUAGGACGUUACGGAUGUAAACCAGUGACAGCGACUCAGAGGCUGACGUAUAAUUGCCCAACAUCUGAAAGUUGCGUUUUCAUCGAUGACACUACAACUGCCUUUCCUUUCUUUGGCAAGACAAAGGAAUGAUCUGCUGAAAUUGGACACCAGCGUUCUCUGACAAUGGGAUACAAUCAGAAGAUCAAAAGUGUUUUGAAAUGCUUGCUUUGCAUUCCUGUUGCACUCUGUGCUGUCUACUUCUCACCACUCUCUUUCAGAUUUUUAACAGGCUUCAUACCUAUGAAAAAAUGUCACUUGGAAAGUGGAAAGAUGUUGUCUCUGGACAACAGUGUGGAUGCCAGCCUUGAUCUUGGGUCAAGAAGUGACGUGCAAACAUGCACAGACUGGAAAGCUCCCAUUAUCUGGGAUGGAAUGUUUGAUCCUGAUCUUUACGACAAAACACACCAGAGUGAAGGAUCCUCUGUGGCUCUGACAGUGUUUGCUGUGGGCCGGUACCUGGAUGCUUACCUCCUGACCUUCCUGAACUCAUCAGAGCAUCACUUUAUGUUGGGUUUGCCCGUCACAUAUUAUGUUUUUACGGACACGCCAGAGAAGGUGCCAGACAUUAAGCUUGGUCCACUGCGAAGCAUUAAGGUUAUCAAAGUCAAGAGGCACUCCAGGUGGCAGGAUAUCUCCAUGAUGCGAAUGAAGACGAUAGCAGAUGUCAUAGAGUCGGAUAUUCGUCACCACUGCACACACGUCUUCUGUUUUGAUGUGGACCAAGUGUUUACUGGGAGAUUUGGCUCUGAGGCUCUGGGGGAUUCUGUGGCUCUGCUCCACGCACACUACUACCACCUCCCAGAGAGAUUGUUUACCUACGACCGCAACCCAAAGUCCAAGGCGUACAUGGAAAGUGGAGAUUUCUAUUACCAUGCUGCUGUGUUUGGAGGCUCGUGGAACAGUGUAAAAGCGUUGACUGAAUCCUGCUAUCAUAGCAUCAUGGAGGAUAAAGAGAAUAACGUGGAGGCACUGUGGCACGAUGAAAGUCAUCUCAACAAGUACAUGUGGCUUCAAAAACCAAGCAGGGUACUCUCUCCAGAGUACUGCUGGGACACCAGCAUCGGAGACAGAAAUGACAUACGAGUUACCCGACUACUGUGGGCAACAAAGCACUAUGAUACACUCCGCACAGAUUAGCAUGUUUGAGUGCAUCACCUACCUUAAAACUCUCAGGUUGUCUUUCUCUGUGGCUCUUUUUGUCUCCACUGAUUUGCAUGGCUGAAAUGGGGAGUUUACUAACCGAGUGAGUUCACUCAGAAGAUUUUAAUUAACGUAAAUUUAUCCAAAUGCUGCCUUUGUUUGAUUGCCAAUGUAUACGAACAAUGUGCUCAAACAAAGUACUUUGAUCUAAGCUAAACACGUCUAAGUGUUCUGACAAGUAUCAUAUGGUAACGAUGCAACUUUCAUACUUUGUUUUUCAAGUCAUCUUAAAGAGGAAUAUUUUUUAUUGUGUUGUGUUUAUUGUUGUACGAAUUUCAAUGUUUUUGCUAAAUUUCAGAACUUUAUAUACAAAUUGUAACAAAUAUUUAUAUGAUUAUUGCAGGGACAUAAAUAAUGAAUUCCAAAGUAGUGGAAAUAUGGAUUGUUGACAUAAUGUAAAUAAGGAUGUAGUUACUGCAUAUCCAGCUGAGCCAGAUCAAUAGCAAAAGUUGAUUUUUCUGUUUAUUGAAUAUUGCAUAUUCUGUGAAAUGCAAUACAUAUUUAUAUUAAAUGGCUGUAA